AUGGAUCACUCACAAUUCAAGGCAUUGUUCGAGGCAUUGCAAGUACAAAAUCAACAGAUUUUGAAGCAACACCAAGAAGAAAAGAAUUUGAUGCAACAGCAUAUGCAACAACAGCAGAAUCUGAUUGAGCGCAUUCUUCAAGGUCAACCGGCACAGAUUGCAGAUCAAGCCGUUCUUGCUCAAGAUUCAACAGCAUUUAAAGUUAAAUGUUUGGCCGAUUCUAUGGUCAAUUUUGAAUAUGACCCAGAUAACAAUCAAACUUUUGAGGCUUAUUAUGAACGGUAUGAGUCGGUUUUUACAAAUCAAGCAGAGGGUCUGGAUGAACCGACAAAAGUUUAUCUUCUUUUCCAAAAAUUCAAUCAGGAACAGUAUCAACGUUAUGCGGAUUCAAUAUUACCUCUUAAACCACAAGAUUGUACAUUUGCGAAUACUGUGACAACACUUAAGAAACUUUUCGGUUAUAAAGAAACAAAGUUCGCAAUGCGUCAUAGGUGUUUUAACCUCGCAAAGUUAGACCAUGAGGAUUUUAGCAUGUAUGCCGCUCGUAUAAAUAAGCACGCAGAGAAGUUUGACAUUUCUCAUUGUACCGCGGAUGACUUUAAAGUUUUGUUAUUUGUGAGUGGGUUAAAAGACGUCAAGGACUCGCUUAUCCUGGAAAAGCUUCUAACGAAAGUUGACAAUCAGUAUAUAGAGUUGGAGAGGGUAACAGAUGCGGUUGCACGUGCAGAGGUUCACAAGCUAAAUUUGCAGGAUCUGAUCAACGAAGCCGAGCGUAUAAUUUGUUUGAAGCUUGACAAGGGUAAAGUUGGCGAGGCAUUCGCUGCUCAAGAAGUUCAUUCUGUUCAACAAAAUAAAAACUCAAAGUCAUUAGUCAACAAAGACAAGUCAACGGUUCGGAACCAAAGGAACGACACUCCUCGCUUGGCCUGUUUUCGUUGCGGCGAAAUGCAUUGGAGUGAUAAUUGUCCAUGCAAGGACAAGCAGUGUGGCGAAUGUAACGAAAAAGGGCAUAAGACAGGUUUCUGUGCUUUUAUGAAAAAUUUCAAGGGAUAUAAAUCAUCCAGCAAGAAAAACCACAGUUCGAAUCAAGUUGAAGCUAACGUUCACGCAAUCUCUAACCGAAAGUAUAUCAGUCCAGUUGUAAACGGAACUGCAAUCAAAUUGCAGGUUGAUACUGCUUCCGAUAUAACAAUCAUAUCAAAAUCAAAUUGGAUUUUAAUCGGACAACCAAUGCUGUCAUCUGAAAUACGCACCAAUGCCACAAGCGCAUCAGGUGCUGCUAUUCCAAUUUUGGGUGCCUUCAAUUGUGGCAUUAAACUAAAUGGGAAGGAAAAACGCGGAAUUUGCUACGUUACAUCACUUGAAUUGAAUCUUUUUGGCAUACCUUGA